GCCGCCUUCCCGAGUCCAUUCCAAUCUUCAUCCCUUAAAUUUUGUUUUCCAGAACCCAUAGCAGCCGCCUUCGUGUCUGCAAUCUGCAUAACCUAAUGCAUGGGUUUGACCAAUAAGGAUAGAAUGCCUACCACCACGACGUCGUUUGGUACGAUGGAUUGCUUGACAAGUUGGGUUUUUCCAUUUGCAAAUUUCGGCGCUCUACACACCUGCCAAUUUCUGUACCUCAACCUCAAUGGAAACCAAAGCUCCGUCUAAUCUCGCUUCUUCGCAAAACCCUAAAUCCUCAACUACAAAAUCAGUAAGCAAUGACAGAGACUACUUGAACCACCUGGAAGCUUACCUCGCAAAGAGAGAUGGAGUCGACAAGCUUCUAAAGAUCUCCAGGUACGCCACCAAGAUCAUCCUCGCUUCCUCGCUCCUCCCCGAAACCUUGACCCUAAAUCGCCGACUCAAGAGCUUUGAGUCCAGCGUCGGUGUGAGUCGCAAAGCCUUCAGACUAGGCAAAUUCGUUCAAGAUUUGAACGCAUUAAGAAACUCGUGUUUCGAUUCGAAAGAAGAUGUGAUCCUCUCCAUCAUUGCCUACGGAGGCGAGGGUUUGUACAUGUUUGUCGAACAGUUCGUGUGGUUUGUUAAAUCGGGUUUGAUCGACGCCAAGCACUCGCGUAAUUUGCAGAAGAUCAGUGCUUGGGCUGGGUUCGUUGGGCACAUAGGGAGUAUCUCGUUGAAAAUUAGGGAUUUGAAGCGGAUCAAUGAAGACGAGUCGCGCUUGCUGUCGACCAUCGAGAUUUCGAUUUCCCGAGGACUUAAGUACGACGAGGAAGCGAAAAAUAUUCAAAAAUUGAAAGAGAAAAGGUUGAUGAAGAGGCUGUCAAUUGUUCAAGAUUUGGCCGACGGGUUAAUGGCGUUGGCGGAUAUUCGGGACGGAAAGGGGCGGCUUUCAGGGCCGCUUCUGAUGUCAUCUGCUGGGCUUUUAUCUGCACUUAUUAGUGCUCAUAAGAAUUGGCUGUCUUGCUGACACUAAUUAUGGUUUGACAAGGGAACACAUUGAUUCCUUUUACCUAUGUAGACGACUUUUAAAGCCAUGGGAGUAUUGGCAAUUAGGCUCAAAACAUGCCAAUAUCU